GUCGAAGCUUAUGGUCAAAACGUUACCGACUGUCAAGAUGAAAGCUGCGUGUCUAACGAUUUGUUUGCUGGCUGCUGUGCUCACAGCAGAGGUCCAUGGGGCUAUAUAUAGUGGGCACUUCAAAAGCGAUGCUCAUCCGGGCAAGUGUGUGAUCGAUGACAAAACCAUACUUGAUGAGGGUCAGAAAAUAAAUAGGAAUUGUGUGAAUAUCGAAUGCUUCAGUGGUGGUGAUGCCACAUUCGCCAGCUGUGGUGCCAAAGGUAUACCUGAUAACUGCAAAUUGGGCGCUAAGAAAUAUCCAGAUGCUGAAUAUCCCAAGUGCUGCAUCGAUGUGAUCCAUUGUCCCGAUGGCGAUAGAGAAUUUUAGUGAGCUAAAAUAUAUUUCUUUUCCCCCAUACGCCUACUUGGGGUGUGGCAUAUUGAAAAGCCUUUAUACUUUCCAACAGACAGCCCAACUUCAAAUCUAUUUAUAUAUAUUAGAUCACUUAGGCCCUUGGCGGCGUGAUCAAUCAGGCAAAACUGUAUCAUCCACAGUUUUAUUUUUUCAGUUUUUUUCAUGCAAGAUCCUUUGUUUCUUAAUUGACUGCCUUAUAAAAAAAUAAAUAUGCAUAUUUACAUACCAAUUAAAAAGUAAACCUAAUGAACGUUUGGCGUGUUAUAGGGGAAAUCAAGCAUAAGGAACAUUUAUCAAAACGUAGUCAAAUCGUAAUAAUUAACGAUGUGGUUUCUGCUAUUUACCUGUUUACUAAAACCAAGUGAAGGUUAUGAACAUACAUAUAUAUAUAUGGUUUAACUAAUUACAUAUGUAUUUAGUUAAGUAUACACCUAAUGCAAACACACAUAAGGAAAUACGGCACCAGGUUCAAUUAGUUGCAGUUGAAUGCACUCAACACAGUCAUCAAAUCAAUUAGAAUUUGUGGCUUAAGUUAAAUACCGUGUGUGUGGGUGUGCGUAUAUUUGUGUUUGUGUAUGCGUAUGUGUGGGCUGUAAAUGUGCCUGCUCUUUACUAUUAAAGUUUCAAAUAAUAAUGUUUUCA